AUGUCAGAUGCGACAGUGGACACCAGCUCCAAGAUCACCACCAAGGACUUGAAGGAGAAGAAGGAAGUUGUGGAAGAGGCAGAUAAUGGAAGAGAUGCACCUGCCAGUGGGAAUGCUCAAAAUGAGGAAAAUGGGGAGCAGGAGGCUGACAAUGAGGUAGAUGAAGAAGAAGAAGAAGAAGAAGAAGAAGAAGAAGAAGAGGAAGAAGGUGACGGUGAGGAAGAGGAUGGAGAUGAAGAUGGGGAAGCUGAGGCUCCUAUGGGCAAGCAGGUAGCUGAGGAUGAUGAGGAUGAUGAUGUUGACACCAAGAAACAGACUGAUGAGUAUGACUAG